CAGCCACCCGUGGCAGAAAGGUAUCCAUCAUGGUGGUUGGCAUAAACUAUGUGCGAGACGGCGUCAUUGGCGGAGCGAUAACAACUAUCCUGCCGGUGCUGCGGCUGCUGCUCCUCUCCGUGUUUCCUGAAACUGGACACGAACUUUACCAGCUGAAUGGUCCUCUCAUCUCUCAGUAUGACUUUAUCAUCGUGGGUGGAGGGUCAGCGGGGUGUGUGCUGGCGGGAAGGCUGUCGGAGGUGCCGGGGUGGCGGGUGCUGCUGCUGGAGGCUGGAGGUCCCCCGCCGAUAGAGACCAACGUCCCGGCCUUCCUGCCUAUUCCCUACGUCCCUGGAUACCCUCAAGAUUGGAACUACAAAACCGUCCCGCAGAAAUAUGCUUCCCUAAAUCUAUUUGAUCAGGCGGCGAGGCAGCCCCAGGGGCGUGUACUGGGAGGCGGGUCCACCGUCAACAGUAUGAUGUACGUGAGAGGCAACAGGCGAGACUUCGACCGGUGGGCGGAAGUGGGUAACCCAGGCUGGGACUACCUCAGCGUCCUCCCUUACUUCAUCAAGGCUGAGGACUACCGCGGGGAGGUCAGCGAUAACGGAGCCUACCAUGGACGGGGCGGACCUAUUGGUGUCACUCCGGCACCUCUCACCCGUCUCUCUCGAGCAUUCAUCCAGGGUGGUAAGGAGCUAGGCUACCCUUCGCUCGAUUAUAACGGCCCAGAACAAAUUGGGUUCCCAGUGAACACUUUUUCUAUCAAAGACGGGGUGAGGUCUUCCACUGCCAGGGAGUACUUGAGACCUGCAAUGUCCAGACCCAACCUUCAUAUUCUCCACAGUACCGUCGUUCACAAGAUUAUCUUCGAAAACAAGAAAGCAGUUGGAGUCACGUUUGAGCACAACGGAGAGCUGCUGACGGUGGGAGCGAGGAGGGAAGUCAUACUGUCUGCCGGCCCAGUUGAAUCACCCAAGUUACUCAUGUUGUCCGGAGUUGGACCCAAGGAACACCUCCUCCAGCAUGGACUGAAGGUGGUGGCAGACGUACCAGGUGUUGGCCAGAAUGUUCACGAUCACGUGGAAGUUUUAGGGCUCAGCUGGCUGGGGGUGAAGGGCACCUCUGCAUUGGGCUUAAUUGAGACAUUCAACCCCGUUUCUUUCGUGCAGUACAAGACCACUAGAGAAGGACCCGUGGCUGCACCACCUUUAAAUUUCCAAAAUGCUUGGGUUAAGGUGUCGCCGGAGGGUGAUCCAUUAUGGCCAGACGUUCAACUGCUUUUCAUUGGUGCAACUAUUGCCUAUGACAAAGGCACUCUGAAUCCUGCCUUGUGGGGAUUUGAUACGAAGAUGUAUCACGAGUACUUGGGGGAGAUAUACGGACGAGAUGGGUUCUGCAUCAGACCAAUGAUUGUCCUGCCCAAGAGUCGAGGCACCAUCACCCUCAGGUCCGCAGACGUUUAUGAACACCCAGAUAUUGACCCUCAGCUGCUUUCCCAUCCAGAUGACGUCCGAACCCUAGUCGAAGGGGUAAAGUUUGCCUUGGCGCUUGGCAACACCUCUGCCUUCGUCAACAACUUUGGAGCAGAGUUCUAUGAUAAGCCUCUCCCUGGAUGCACUGGGGAGAUAUACGGCUCAGACGCCUACUGGGUUUGUUAUGUUCGUCAUAUGUCUACAACCUUCUACCAUCUUGCUGGAGGCUGCAAGAUGGCCCCAGCCUCAGACCCUUAUAGUGUGGUGGAUCAUAGACUCAGGGUUCGCGGCGUGUUUGGGCUGCGGGUGGUGGGCGCCGCCAUCAUGCCCUUCGUCACCAACGGCAACACCAACGCUCCCACCAUCAUGAUUGCUGAGAAGGCCAGUGACAUGAUCAAGCAAGACUGGAGCGGCUAGGCAGCGCUCAACACAAGAGUAACAAUGGAACAAUCUACCAGGCAUCAUGUCAAUAUUAGGUAAACUAAUUCUCUUCAAGAAGUACAGGAAAAUGUAAUAUCUACCCAGCUGACGAAACAAGUCAAAGAACCAAGUUCGCCAGAUCUCGUCAAUAAAUGCUGCACCAGUCAGGCUGGUUUUGCCUCGCUACACAUAACAACAACUCGCCUUACCUAAGGAACUCAGGAACAUCUGUACAGCACCCAGGGCCUUCAGUCACGCCAACCUGUGUGAGUAAAUUAUGUAAUCAAUCACAGAUAAUUGUUCAUCGGCAGACUAUUUCAUCGAGGUCCAAAGACCUGCCCCUAAGUGCGAGUCUUUCCCAACACCAGCCGUAGAAACGACCACUCAGGAGUAAAGGAGCGGGAGACCAUAUGUACAAAUUAUAUACUAUAAAGGCAAUCGAUUAUUAGGCCUAUCAGAUGAGUUAGCAUGUAACAUUAUUAAUUCAAGUUUGCCUCCCAACGGAGCGCAGCAGCAUCCCACAAUGGGAGUGAGACAGGCCUGUCUACUCCCUCUAAUAUAUAGGAAGUGGCAGAUAUGCUACACGUGCCCCAAUUUCUUCGCCUUUUAAGUCACAUGUAUUUUCAAAUGUAACGUGUUAAAUACUCCUCUCUUGGUAGUGUGUGUGUGCGCGUUUGUGUGAAGUUGGAAUGGUCCAUAAACAACAAUUUUUAACAGUAUUAAUGUGCCAGUAUUAUCCUGUAUUUUGUAACUUGACUUAUUUAAACCAUGUAUACAGGUACUCUUAUUAACAUCAGCCUAAAAUAAACGUUUAUUUAUAUU